AUGGUCAGGAACCGAAGGAAAACACCAUCUUCUCCUUCUCUUCCCGAGAGCACCAGAAAAGGCAUAGAACAGAACUUCAUCCGUGACUUUUUCGAGUACAUCCGGGAGGCCAAGCGGCGGGACGGGGGACCCGUGUCCGGCGCACCCCACGGCCGAGCUGGAGCGGGGCCCGGAGCCCGCUGGGCUGUUAGCUGGACGGGGGAUGCGGGGAGCUGCAGCCCGCCACAUCCGCACGGCAUCAGGCAGGCGGAGGCCCCCGAGGCGGCGGCGGCGGCGGCGGCCUCGGACGAGCGCUGCGCCCUGGCGCUGGGCGCGCAGGCGGAGCGCUGGCUGCAGUUCCAGAAGCGCCAGCGGGUGAGCUGCGAGGAGGCGGCCAAGCUGCUGCUGGACACCUUCGAGUACCAAGCUCUGGUGAAGCACACGGGGGGAUGCCACUGUGGAGCCGUCCGAUUCGAGGUCUGGGCAUCGGGGGAUCUGCAUGUCUUUGACUGCAACUGCAGCAUCUGCGUCAAGAAGCAAAACAGGCAUUUCAUUGUUCCGGCGUCUCGCUUCAAGUUGCUGAAGGGUGCCGACAACCUCGCCACGUACACCUUCAACACUCACUGCGCCCAGCACACCUUCUGCAAGACGUGUGGCGUGCAGAGUUUCUACACCCCCCGCUCCAACCCCGACGGCUACGGAAUCGCUCCGCACUGCCUGGACGAGGGGACCGUGAGCAGCGUCACCGUGGAGGUGAUCGACGGCAAGCAGUGGGAGGAGGCGGUGAAGGCUCAUCCCAGCAUCCACAGCAUGUCGAAGCCGUGACCCAGCCCGC